ACACGACAACUCGACCAUCCUCGAAGCAGCAGGCUCCGUCUCGAAGUACGAAUGUCACCAAAUUCUGCUCCUGCAAAGGUAGUGCCCGCUCAGCUCUCAUUUCUCGCCAUAUACAAUCCCUCUCUUGGGGAGUCAGACGAGACAUUUCACAACCAAAUCGUCUUCUACUACUCCAAAGCCGCCAAAGCGCGCAACCGACUUCAUGGCAAGGAUACACAGGCAGAAAAAGAGUUGCGUGAACAAGAAAAUGAGAAAUUGCGCCAGGUUGGCCUAGCUCAGGGCAUGGUUGGCUUCGCCCGGAACUUCUCCACUGGUGCAGCCGUAGACUCGGUAGAGACGGAGAAAACCCGCAUCGUUCUCAAGGAGCUCGAGAAAGGCUGGUGGAUACUUGCUUCCAUUGACCUUACUCAACUUCCCAUACACAGCGCCGUGUCUUCGGGGCAAAACGGCGCGUCCACUCCCCAGCAAACCAUCGAGUACUCCUCCCGCGAAGUCAGCCCUCCUGCUCUCCUCUUGCAACAGCUCGUCCGCGCACAUAGAGUCUUCCUACUCCACCACGGGCCAUCCAUUGAGCAGUUGUACCAGAAGUCCCCGCGCGCUAAGUUCGUGGGAAUACUUGAAAGAUACUGGUCGCGUUUCGCGAAUAGCUGGGAUGUGCUUCUUCACGGAAGCCCCGCCGUUGAAUUAUACAACGGAGUGAAGCUCGCAGCAGGAGGAGAGUUGGGAAUGGGCGUUGGCGAGGAGGAAUGGGGUAGCGGGGAGCGACUUGUACUCGAAGACUACGUGAACAAAACGGAGGGCCUCGUUGACCUUAUGGUCUCGAGGUUUGGGGAGCCGUCCUCACUACAAGAGCAGAAAAAUUCGGUCGAGUCAAAGAAACUGUUGGGACAUUCAGCCGAGGAGUCUUGGGCUGGCAGCGGACGGAUUCCCGGGCCUGCAGAUGGCUUAGUCUUUUCUGGAGUCGGCGCUGUCAGUCGAGAGUCGCUUCGUGACUUGUCACAUUGGAUAGAGUCCAUAUAUGCUUAUGGAGACUACGCUUAUGGCGUGCGAGAUAACCCAACGAGUGACAGGAAACGGCGGCGGCGCAAAGAGCAAAAACAUUCUGAACCUUCUUCAAAACCAGCUGAACCUCCCAUGCAAGAACCAACCAUACCGAACAAAAGUCUUCCUCCAGGCAUACCACCGCCCAUCGUGAGAGCUGCAGAAACAUCCCUGAGCAAAGCAUCCGCGGCUGCUAGUACGUCCAACACAAACUCAAAGAGUGACGCCGCGCCCCUCCUGGGCUCAUUGGGUGAUUCUGAGAUGUGGGUGAAGUAUUUGACGUUGGGGUAUGGCACAGCAUGGGGUGCCGGCAAAGCCCAAGAGAGAACGCCAACUCAGGAAAAUGUCGAUGAGGUAAAAGAGGACGCAAUGCCUGCCAUGCGCCACGUGGACCCCGAGCCAGAUGUUGACGUGGUCACUGAGAGGCUCAAGACGCAGAUAGUAUCUGAGAACAACGGCUACUUUGCCAUUGGUCUCACAGGUGACAUGGACGAGAGUAGCAUCGAUGAUGAGAACGACGAUGGCGAGUGGAACAACCGUACCAUACUCCGUACUGUGUACGUCAAGGUUGAGUCGACUGCCGAGCCAAUGACACCUGGUAGCAUUGAGUAUGAAUUGGCUCACUUUGAAGAAGCGAUGCACAACCCCUCCAAGAGUCUUACUCUGGCUCGACUACGUCCUGUGGUCUAUGUGCAUCGACCUUUUGUCUACGCCUUCCUGUUCAAGCACGGAACUGGGUCUUUGAGCUUUGCGAAUUUCUACCGCAAUCUACAUACAUACUUCUCGCCUCUACAUCGUCCGCUGAGCAACAGCACCUCCCCUAAUAAGGUUGCUGCACGUCUGUCGGACGCCUUCCAUCCCUACACGACAUCAUCAAAGGAGGGUGGAGUAGCAGACAGGCAACCUAUAUACGAUCUCGCUUAUGACCCGCGAACGCUCACGGUUCAUUCUAGUGUACCUAAUAUACCGGAGCCCGGGACUCUGCUAGCAGAAGGGCUCGACAGUACAGGAAGUCCAUCAACAGCAGGUUGGAGCAGGGUCGAGGCGUUGAAUGUACAUUCCCAGAUUCUUGCUACGAUUACCAGUACUCGAAAAGAUCUUUCCGAGAUCGACCGGACGUGCAAAACCAGUCGCGGAUGGUGGGUAGUGUGGAUGAAAUUGCCACCAUCACAGCAUGAGGAAAGCAAAGGUCAAGAUGUCGAGGCACAGACGCAAGAUUUUGAUACAGAUCAGCUACGCGAGGCGUUCCUUGUGCGCAGAGCCCACGAUGCAGCCGGGGGACGUUCUACAAAGAGUUCUAGUGGACGGUUCGGCAGCGGCAUGUGGGGUGGAUCCUCAGCGCAGAGAACCGGCGGGGCGGCUGCUGGAUGGGGCCCGAAAGGGCUUGGAGAAGGGAUUGGAAUUGAUGCAAGGAGAUAUGUCGAGGGACUGUUGAGUCUGAAUCGGUGA